CCACCCGCGCCUGCAGCCUCGUCACCGCCACGGAACCGCCAUCUGCACGUUUGACGAGGUGCGCGAGAUGCGCCCAUUCACGCGCCAGCCUUUCCUCAUCCCUCCGAACCUCUUCGGAGCCGCCCUCCAGUAGUGUCCACUCCCCUGGCGUCGAUGGUGCAAACCCGAUGAGCCUCAGGGUGCGCAACCUCUACUACUUCAUGGCGGCGCCCACACUUUGCUUCCAG